UGGUGAAGUACUUCUGGAAGAAGAGUUUUUCAGGAAUUUAUUUAUAAAACAUAAAUAAAUCGUAUCAAAUAAUUACGUACAUACGUUAUAAAUGUUUGAAAACACGUUGUUCGUAUUUUGUAUAAUAGGAUAGUUGAAAAUAGAGCUCAAAUGGCAGCUAACAACAGCAACAUGCACAAUCUGGGAGCGCUGCAGGUGCCGCCAUCGGUGAUCGCCUCCACGGGUUCAGUGGGUCCAAUGAUGCAGCCGAGCACUAGUGCACAGAGUGCCUGGGAUCAGCUGACGGCGAGUGCAUCCAACAAUAUGACGCCAUCGCCGACAGCGGCAACAGCAACAACAACGGGUACUGUGGAUACAGCUGGACACUUGAUGAGCGCAGGUAGCUCACCUGUGGCUAGCUGCUCGUCACCAUCGACGCCCACAAAAACACACCACGUCCCGCCCACGCUGGAGGCUAUGGCCCAUACGCCGCAAGGGCCACCAACGCUUGGACCUGGCGGAUAUGGUGAGGAAUUGACCGCCGAGUUGGUGAAUCAGGGCUGGCGUAAGUUUUGGUCGAAGCGCGAGAAUCGGCCGUACUACUGGAACAAGGUUACCGGCGAAUCGCUUUGGGAAAUGCCCGGCGCACGUCCCUUUGAUCCGCUCACCGAUCCAUUGGGCAUUUGCCAUGCUGGUGGCGUUGGCGUUGGUGGCCCAACGCCGAUGACGCCGCAUCAGCAACAGCAUCAACAUCAUCAUUUGAAGCGGCGGCCUUCGGACGACAUGCACAUACACCCGCACCCGCAUCAUCAACAGCUCCAGCAGCAGCACAUGGGUCCGCACGGUGGGCCACCUCUGAAAAAGUUUGUGCUAGCCGGUCCCUGGGACCUGGAGGUGUGCACCAAUGCAGUAAUUGUUGAGCGUCCACCCACGUUAUUACCACAGCCGCAUCCCGAGAUCGAAGCGUUGCGCGCCGCCUUCAGCAUGAAGCUGAUGAAGACAUACGAGGAUUUAUGCAUGCGCAGAGAAAACAUCAAAGCGCCGCGAGACUCCUUCAACCGUUGGCUCAUGGAACGAAAGGUCAUUGAUACCGGGUGUGAUCCAUUGCUGCCCAGUAACUGCCUGCCUGAAAUCUCCAGCUCCAUGUAUCGCGAGAUUAUGGCCGAUAUACCCAUUAAGAUUGUCAAGCCCAAAUUCACGGGCGACGCACGCAAACAGCUCUCACGCUACGCGGAGGCGGCCAAGCAGAUCAUUGAGUCGCGUUCUGCGCCGGCGGAGUCCAAGAAGGUUGUUAAAUGGAAUGUGGAGGACACAUUUCAAUGGUUGCGCCGCACGGUGGGCGCCAGCUACGAGGACUUCCAGGAUCGUUUGGCUCAUCUGAAGCGCCAAUGUGAACCGCAUUUAGUAGAGACCGUUAAAAGCUCCGUGGAAACGUUAUGCAUUAAAAUCUAUCAUCUGUCGGCGGAGCAUGCGCGUAAAAUACGGGAACGCCAUCUGCAGCUGCUCAAGGAGCAUGGCAUACCGGAACCAACGCCGCCACCGCCUCCUCCGCACCUGAAGAAGGUCUGGUGCUAUCCCAUACAGUUCGCAGUGCCCUCGCCUCGUAUGCCGGCCAUUGAAUAUCUGCAGGAUCGUGAUCAUAUGAUCAUUAAAUAUACGCCCGCGACCAUCAAUCAGCCGGAUGCGCAGUAUAUCAACCUCACCUAUCUCCAAAAGCUGGAGCAGCUCUAUCGUCACAAUUGUUUCGACGACAAGAAGUUUGAUCUGUUCAUCGGGCGCGUCUGGUGUCUGCUCAAGCGCUAUCAGACCUUCUUGGGCAAUGCUCUCAACUCCUCCCAGGAGGCGGAACUCACACAAGCUGCUCUGCCAGUGCCAGUUUUUGAGUGCCUUCACAGGCAUUUCGGUGUCAGCUUUGAAUGCUUUGCAUCGCCAUUCAAUUCCUAUUUUCGGCAAUAUUGCUCGGCAUUUGCGGAUACCGAUGCCUACUUUGGUUCCAGAGGACCAUUUCUGGACUUUAAGCCCGUUUCCGGUUCCUUUCAAGUGAAUCCACCGCAUUGCGAGGAGCUGAUUGAUGCCUGCCUUUUGCACGUUGACAAGCUACUCACCGAUUCCAUGGAGCCAUUGAGCUUCAUUGUCUUUCUGCCGGAGUGGAAGAGCAUAGCGAAGCUGGAGGAGAGCAUGUACAAGCGUCGCUCAAUGGUGGUGCUGGGCAUGGCGCACGAAUACCGACAUGGCUAUCAGCAUAUGAUGCAAAAAUCCGAGGUGCUCGUUAAGUGCAUGCAGGGCACUCAAGUUGUUUGGCUGCAGAAUAGCGCCGGCUAUGCACGCUGGGGACCCAAUGAGAAUCGAGUCGAGGCGCUGCGAGAAGCUUUCAGACCGCAGCGCGAUCGUGAGCGCGAGCGUGCCGCUGCUGCAGCAGCCGCCAGUGGCGGCAAUAACAAUCAACAGCAGCAGUCGCCACCGUCAACAACAACGCCGCAAUCGACGGCUUCAUCAGCUGUUGCCAUACCAACCCCUGCGACGCCCACAACAGCAAAUAGCAAUAGCAACACAUCAGCUGCUGUAACUGUAGCUAUCACAACGAGCGCCAACAGCAUCGGCAGUCCCGUGUCAACAACGUCUUCCGUGCUAACGCCCCUGUCGCCGCACACGCCCACAGGCACACCAUCGCAAUUUCCGUUAACCAUUAGCAACACGAGCAGCAGCAGCAAUUUGGUUGCCGCCUCACCAACGAUGAGCGUUCAAAGUGAUUGCUCAUCGCCGUCAUCGUCGACAAUGUCAUUGUCGCCGGCACCUGCCUCGGGCGGCUAUCCGGAUGGUGGCACAACAGCAGCAGCGGCUGCUGUCAGCAUAACGGCAACAGCCAGCACAUCUGCAGCCUCAGCGUUUGGACCAACAACUAGCAUUAACAGCACAGCGGUCAUCAAUUCGGCUGUCUAGAUUUAUUGCGAGGGGGUAAAAACAUUUUGUAAACUACUCGUCUUAUCUUUUUAAGCUAACUGUGCACCAUGGGGCUAAGUACCACUAUUGUGUUUCCUUCAUUUAGAGUUUAUAUUUUAAGCAUAGUUUUUAAAAUAUCUUGAGGGUAUUCACAGGAUGAGACUUAUGACUUAUGGCAGCUUAAGCUUGGAAGUAAUUGUUUUCUUAUUAAGUAAAUCUUUUGAUAUAAAAUACAGAAAAACUCCUACAUUUUCUUUUUUCAGUUUUAAGAAAGGAACUAAGGUCGAUUUUCUAACUUUUAGCCAGUUUCUUUUUCGUAAGAUAAGUCAAGAGUCUUUUCUGCCUGUGAGUGCCCUUGAAAUUAAUGGUUACAAGUUUAAACUUAAAUAAUUGUACAUAUGUUUUUUAUCAAUUAUAAAUAGCUGAUACUUAACCGCGGCCUGGCUGUUGUUAGUCUUUGAAAUUCACCCUGAACAAGGGCCAAGCUACCCACAAAAAAGAAAAAUAAGGUUCAGAUAUGCAUACAAAGUAUGGGUAGAAUGGGUUCCACGUAUCCUGAUAAGGGUAAUUUAACAAAUGAAUUGUUUUCCAAAUCCUUAAAACAAUAUAAGCACACAGACACACACACACACAUAAACACAAAAUACAAAUCAUGCACUAGCACAGGAGAUCAAGCAAUAUUUUUGAUUAUUCAUUCCGUGCCGCACCAUAACUUUAUAUACAAUAUACGAGUAAGCCCCAAACAAUCUUUUGUGAGACUAUAAACAUAUAAUUUAGGAUUAUUACUAAUUACAAAACUAAUUUAUCGUAUGUACAAAUCGAUAAAACCUUUAACUUAAGUAGUUGAAAAAAAUAUACAUACAUAAACGGAUCGCGCAGAGAACCAAAUUUGUAAUAGAACAUAAGCAAAAGCUACGCACCGCACAAAUAACAUAAUUAACCUUCAAGGGGAUUGUCACAAUUGAAUCUAUUGGUUAGCUUAAAACCAGAUCAAUUCAGUUAUUGAGUGUUCAGUUAAGCUGCCAAUAGAAGCCAUCGUGAACACGCCCAUAUUUUAAUGGGAAUUUAGCCAAUUUAAUAGACACGUAGAAAAUAAAAAGAAUCGGCGACUUUAGAUAAAAAUUGAAUGCUAACUAUAAGUUUGAAAAAAUAUCAACUAAGCUGAACUAUUACGACACCCGGCCACCCCACCACCUCUCCUUAACACGAUAUG